CACCGCCGAGUAAAACCCCAACAGCAUCUUCUUGUCGACCACUAAAACCAACCACCGCCGCCGUUGUCAGUAUAGAUGUCGUCGAGGCCGGAGCUGCAAGCACCGCCGGAGAUAUUCUACGACGAUGUUGAAGCUCGAAAGUACACUUCAUCCUCGCGUAUCGUCGGAAUUCAGGCAGAGCUUUCAGAGAGAGCACUGGAGCUUCUUGCGUUGCCUGAUGAUGGGAUACCUAGAUUGCUUCUUGAUAUUGGUUGUGGUUCGGGACUUAGUGGCGAAACAAUAUCUGAAAAUGGGCAUCAAUGGAUUGGUCUAGAUAUAUCACGCUCUAUGCUUGAUAUUGCAUUGGAGAGGGAGACUGAUGGCGAUCUUAUACUUGGUGACAUGGGUCAGGGCCUAGGACUCCGUCCUGGAUUGAUUGAUGGUGCCAUCAGUAUCUCAGCUGUUCAGUGGCUGUGCAAUGCUGAUAAAUCUUGUCACGAGCCACGGUUGAGAUUGAAGGCUUUCUUUGGAUCACUUUAUAGAUGUUUGGGCAGGGGAGCUAGAGCAGUUUUUCAAUUGUAUCCUGAAAAUAAUGCCCAACGGGAACUAAUCUUAGGUUUUGCUAUGCGUGCUGGAUUUGCUGGAGGCGUAGUCAUAGAUUACCCCCACAGUUCUAAGAAAAGAAAAGAAUACCUUGUGCUUACAUGUGGGCCGCCGUCUUUGAGCACCGCCACACCAAGUGCCAUAGGUGAAGACGGAAACAGUUGUUCAGAUGAUGAGAGUAGCGGGGAUGAAGAGAACCAAACUGUGUGUAUUUCAGAUAGGCACAGGCCACGAAAGAAGCAAAAACUAACGAAGAAAGGCAAAACGAGAGCAUGGGUGUUAAAGAAGAAGGAGAAGAUGAGGAGCAAAGGAAACGUUGUUCCUCCAGAUUCCAAAUACACUGCACGCAAGCGGAAGGCCCAUUUUUGAUCUCUUAAAAGUUUUUUUACGUACUUGAUGUAUCAGAUAUCAUCAUAUAUCGUCAUGCUUCAGAUCACGAUAAUGAAAAACAGAGAGGGUUUCUAAUUUAGUACUUUUUGCAGCUUGGCAUUUCACCUGAACCAUUUCUUUAUUUUGUUUUAUGGUAUGAAACGUUCACUCAAGCUUGAUGCCAUUCC